GAUGAGGCGGCAGCGGUACCGGGAGCCCGAGCGCAGGCCGCCCGGCGGCACCGCCACGGGGUGACACACGGUGAUGGAGAAGAUGGCGGCCACAGGGCUUCUGGCCCGUCUGCUGCUCGGCGGCCUCGGUUCAUUGUUUCUGGGACAAGCGGCGUGUUCUGUCACAGCUGGUUGCCAGGGGAGGUUGGAGCCACACAGAGAGAGACACGGCAGCAUUUACAGCCCUGCCUGGCCGGCAAACUACCCUCCUUCGCAGAACUGCAGCUGGUACAUACAGGGAGACAGCGGAGACCUAAUUACCGUAAGCUUUCAGAGCUUUGAGCUGGAGGACUCUCCGCACUGCGCCCUGGACUGGCUGGUGCUUGGCCCCACACCUAAGCGGGAAGAGAGGAGACUGUGCGGCUCCCGAAGCCCCCCACCCUUCAUCUCCUCCCGGGACCACGUCUGGAUUUACUUCCGCUCUGACUGCUCCAGUGCCGGACAUUCCCGGGGAUUCCAUCUCUCCUACAUCCGAGGGAAGCUGGGGCAGAAGAGCUGUCAGGUGGACGAGUUCCUGUGUGGGAACGGGAAGUGCAUCCCGAGUGCCUGGCGCUGUAACCACAUGGACGAAUGUGGCGAUCACUCUGACGAGAGUGUAUGUGUCCCGGAGACCGUAGCCGAGCCGUGUCCAGCCGGCACGUUACGUUGUGCGUUUGGACAGGUGUCCCGGUGUCUGCCCAGCGCUGCGCUGUGCAAUGGGGCCGAAGACUGCAGCGACGGCCGGGACGAACAGGGCUGCCCGGACACCGACUGUGGAGAACGGCUGGGGAAAUUCUUCGGCUCCUUCGCUUCCCCGGACUAUUUCCGGCGGCUGGGGCCGGGGCUGGAUUGCACAUGGGUGGUGGACACACAGGACGGCAGGGGGUUGCUGCUGCAGCUGGACCUGCGGCUGGGACAUGGUGACUCGGUGCGAGUGUACGACAGCACGGCUGCCGAGCGCGGCAAGCUCAUCCGGGCUCUCUCCUUCCGCAACAACCGUGGCACGGUGAGCCUGGAGACCACCAGGGGACAGCUCACCAUUGCCUACCACACCCCAGCCACCAGCUCCGGCCACGGUUUCAACGCCACCUACCAGGUGAAGGGUUACUGCCUGCCCUGGGAGCGUCCCUGCGGGGGGGAGGGGGGCUGUUACACCACAGCCCAGCGCUGUGACGGCUGGUGGCACUGCCCACAGGGUAGAGACGAGGAAGGCUGCGCGGGGUGCCAGGCUGGCGAAUACCCGUGUGGGGGCACCAGCGGUGCCUGCUACCCCCCGCCACACCGCUGCAACAACCAGAAGAACUGUCCUGACGGCUCUGAUGAGAAGAAUUGUUUCUCCUGCCAGCCCGGAAACUUCCACUGCGGCACGCAGCUCUGCAUCUUCGAGCAGUGGCGCUGCGACGGGCAGGAGGACUGCCAGGACGGCAGUGAUGAGCGCAACUGCCUGGUCACGGUACCCCGCAAGGUCAUCACUGCAGCCCUGAUCGGCAGCCUGGUGUGUGGCCUCCUCCUCAUCAUCGCUCUGGGCUGUGGCUUCAAGCUAUACUCACUGCGGAGCCGCCAAUACAGAGCCUUUGAGACUCCGAUGACACGUUUGGAGGCGGAGUUCGUGCAGCGCGAGGCCCCACCCUCCUAUGGCCAGCUGAUCGCUCAGGGCCUCAUUCCGCCCGUUGAUGAUUUCCCCGCCUACAACCCUGCCCAGAAUUCUGUUCUGGAAAACCUGCGCACGGCGAUGAGACGUCAGAUUCGCCGGCAUUCCUCUCGCCGGCAUUCCUCUCGCCGCCGGCUGGGGAGGAUGUGGAGUCGCCUGUUCCCGAGGCCACGAGGCUGGGGGCUGAUCCCACUGCUCACGCCUGCCAUGCCCUCGGCCUCCGCUCCAGCCCAGCCCCAGGGGCCACGGAGCUGCUGGCAGUUGGGGGAUGAGGACCUCGCAGUGCCUCGAGUGGACCCCGAUUCGGACACCGACACAGAGACUGACCGGCAGGGGGCUGUGGGGCUGCCAGCCCUGCCUGUGGGCGAGGCCAGAAACUUACUGCCCAAAGUGACUUCAAUCAGUGCGGUGGAGCCGGGGAGUCCAGGCCACUCGCCCUCUCCCGGUUCCCUGGGAAGCCACAAUGACCUGGUGGCAAUGGGAUCCGAUGCCAAUCACUUGAUGACCAGCGCCCCAGGCACUGCCCUGACCCUUAGUAGCUGCGAUGAGACUGGCGGCCCUCACCACACAGACACCCGGCAGAUCCGCCCAGCAGGAAAGGAGCUGAGAGGUGUGAUGGUGCCGAGCUCCCCUGAGCCGGACUCUCACCCACACGCCAGCCAAGGAGAGUCUCUGAGCCCGGUGUGUGCAGCUGGCACUGACUGCCCGCUCCGGCCACCUCGUCAUUCAGUCUCUCGGCACAAACACUUAACCUCCAGCGCAGGGGGGAGCAGCACCCUCCCACAGGGAGACCGAGCGCUGCUGGAUUGCUGAGUGGAACCUCAACCAGGGAACCCGAGGAUGUUGUCACGCAACUAUUUUAUUAGUUAUUUUUCUCUGGAGAGCAAGUGGUGGGGCCAGCAAGUGAACAAACUACCUGGUUGUAUGGGAUUUGGGGACAAUGUCCCUUGGGAGGCUCCUGAGCGGUGUCCGUGUGGAGAAUCGGGAGCUGGGCACGUUGUGUGGGCAUUGGGGACAGUGGAGAUGGUUGAAGCCAUUGUGUGGCUUCCUGCCCUGGAAGACUGAGGGGGGGAGGGGGCAGGCACUGUGGUGCCCUGUUUGUACAGUUGAUGUCUAAAGGGGCAGGAGAUUGUGGGGAUAACAAUGCAGUAAAAACAUGAACUCCCAAUGCUUCACAUCAUGACUACAUUCCUUGGUGCCAGGCGCCGAGUCAAGCCCGUACAUAACUGAAGGGAUCUCAAUAAUCAGCAUUCUGAUCACACAGAUCAAUCAGUCUGUCGGGAGAUGUGGAGACCGUAAAGGAUGUAGGAAACUUGAGCUCAACACCUGUGAAGCGGUUCCUGGAGAGAAUGACCACCACAGGACAGGCUCAUCCAUGUCAUCUCACUGCAAUCCCAGCCUCUACCACUGGAGGUCCUCAGUGUGCUGGGGAGGGGUAGAGCGCCCUCUUGUGGAGACCUGAAGUAUUGCAGCCACAGCUAACCAGCCACAAAAGUGCUGCUGUGAUCCUGGCUGAUUGUGUCUGAGGGACAGGAAGGCUUGUGUGCUUCUCAAUAAAUUGCUUUAAAUGCA